AUGCCGUUUUUUGAGCCGUCGUACGGACAGACAGCAUAUACCACUUCUCUGGGCACACCACCGGCGUCUCAGUUCCAGCAGGCCACACCGACGGCGUCUCAGUUCCGGCAGGCCACACCACCGGCGUCUCCGUUUCAGCAGACCACACCACCGCCGUUUGCUGCAUCAGAUCAGUAUUACCGUCCAGCGCCAUAUACAGAUGCUCAGCCGUUCACGUCUUUCGAUCAGUGUUACCGUCCCACGAUGCCUUCGGAUGAUCAGCCGUCGACGUCACAUUCGCGGCCAUCUUCUUCUCACCAGGCCCAGGAUCCAUCACAGCUACAUUUUACACUAUCAGAGUCAUGGUUAUUCGGUCCGGAGAUCGGUUCAGAGGCGUACGAGGAGCUUUUAUCACGACCGGAUCUCACACCUCCAUCUUUUAGACUUCUACCGCCCACACAGGAGGAGACCGGUACUGCACCACCAGCAGCAGACGUUCAGCAUUCAGCUCAGGACGAGGACGCAUCCGACAGCGGCGAGAGCCCUCCGGUACCCAGACAGUUUCACUCGAUCACAGACAGCUCGCGGCACCGACGAGAGACUCACGGUUUGAGGGUACAGAGACCGAGGACUCGUAGAUAUGAGGAUUAG